AUGAUAGAAACAAGUGAAAGAAGGCAGAGAUUGUUAAGGGCUGUGAAAAAGGAGGUGAAACAGAUUAUGGAGGAAGCAGUAACCAGGAAAUUUGUGCAUGAAGAAAGUGGUAGUAUAACAUCAUUGUGUGGGGCUGUGGAGGCGUGUCUGUUAGAUGGAUUAAAGAAAAGAUCUCUGGGACUGUUUAAAGAGAGCACUACUGUAGCACUGUUCCAAAAGACUUCCAAAUAUUGUAAGGCUGCUUCUCAGGUUGCAAAAAAAGUGAUGGAGUUGGAAUCAGGGAGCAAUGAAAACGGCUCGAAACGAUCAAUGGAUACCUUCAGAUUAUAUACUAAAAGAUAUCAGUCAUACAAUCCCAGGCAUUUGUGGUUACGUCAGUCUAUAUUUGAAAAGCAAUUAACAAAAAUCUUGGAGUAUCUGGUGGAGAAUAGUGGACGAUAUUAUGAAGUGGAUUCAUUGGUUGCUGACCCAGUAGAUGGACCCAUCUUUGCAUCAUUACUAGUGGGUCCAUGUGCUUUAGAUUACACCAAAAUGAAAACGUCAGAUCAUUUCUGGACUGAUCCUCCAGCUGAUGAACUGGUUCAAAGACACAGAAUUCACUCUGGUGGAAAUCAUGUCUUCUCUAACCAAACAACUCCUGGGUCACCGAAGAGACCAGGUCUACAAAUACGAAGAGCCAAAAGUGGGAGUGAAGACUCUCCAAAGAUGCUGCAUGUUUCUGCAAGGGAAUAUGUUGAAUCUCUUCAUCAGAAUAACAAAACCACUCUAUUGUAUGGGAAAAAUAAUGUCCAAGUUCAACCAAAGGAAGAUGUCCCUUCACUAGCAGGAUAUUUGUCUCUACAUCAGUGUGCUGAAAGGUUGAUGAUAAUGUGGACACCAAAUCAACUGAUGAAUGGGGGAUCUGAUAAUGUUGAUGAUGAUUCAGACAGAAGUAUAUAUUGGGAAUAUGCUAUGACAGUAUUUUUAGAUGAAGUUGUCUACAUCCACUGCCAUCAACAACCAGAUUGUGGUGGAACUGUUGUUCUGGUGGGACAAGAUGGUGUUCAAAGACCACCAGUUCAUUUCCCAAAAGGAGGGCACCUGCUAGCAUUUUUGUCAGUCUUAGAAACAGCAUUGUUACCCCAUAAUCAACUAGAUCCACCUUUAUGGAAUCAAAGAGGAAAGGGGAAGGUUGCCAGUAGUAGCAAUAGCAGUACAAGUAGUUACAGCACUGAUGAAGAAGAAGCCACUGAUUAUGUUUUCCGUAUCAUUUCCAGUUUCAGACCUGAGAAUAUUACAGCUGAAAUGUUGGAUCCGAAAUCUUCAGUUCAGUGUUAUGCUCGGGCCCAAGAAGAGCAAAAUACUACUUGUAUAUAUGAAUCAAAUGGACACCUUCAUUCUCAUAUUAAACAACUGUGUGACACUAUGAGAAAACAAAUUAUCUCCAGAGCAUUCUAUGGAUGGUUGGCACACUGUCGUCAUCUUAAAACUGUCAGAACACACCUGUCGGGCCUAGUCAACUCAGCAGUAGUGCAGGCUGAUAAACCAACUGAUGCUACUGGAGGGCUGACUGAAGAAAAAUGGCAAGAAUUUAACAUAGAUGGUGUUGUUAUUAAUAAAUCAGAAAUCUAUAGAUUGGUCUAUUUUGGUGGAAUUGCUCAUUGUCUCAGAAAAGAUGUCUGGCCGUAUCUUCUUGGUCAUUAUUCAUUUGGUAGUACUGUUGAAGAGAGGAAAAUUGUGGAUGAACGCUGUCGUUCUGAGUAUGAAAGAAUCAUGUCUGAGUGGUUAGCUGUUGAAGCCAUUGUCAGCCAAAGAGACAAAGAGCUUAUGGCAGCCAACUUGGCCAAGUUUUCACAAGAGAGUACAGAUGGCGUUAUUCCUCUGAUACGAAAAGAUUCUAGUUUAAGCAACGAUGUUUUUGAAUCCUUUGAUUCUGAAGAAUUUUCUCAUCCCUCUACAGUUCCUGAAGAAAGCUACAAUCCUACACCAACCUCAGAUUUAAAGAACAACCUGGACCUGAUUCAGCCUACAGAUUUAGAGCCAGUUCUCCAUAAACAACUAGACUCACUGAUAGAUAACAGUGAUGUUAUUUUGGAAGAGACUGAACAGCAAUCCAUUGAUUUUGAUGAAGAUUUGGAGAAAUCGUGUGAAGUUGAAACGAUAGAGAAAUUGAAUCUGAAUUAUAAUGAUCCAAUGGUUACUAAUCAAUCUUCAGCAUCUAAAGAAAGUCUGAUUUCUCCAGCAUCACCUGCAUCUAAUGGUGGCAUCUAUUCUUCUGAGCUGUUAGACGCUGUAGCAUUAAACCUUCACCGAAUUGAUAAAGAUGUCUUACGAUGUGAUAGAAACUAUUAUUAUUUUACACCAAAUAAUCUUGAUAAAUUACGUAAUAUUAUGUGUACCUAUGUUUGGCAGCAUCUAGAAAUAGGGUACGUUCAGGGAAUGUGUGAUUUAGUCGCACCGUUACUGGUUAUAUUUGAUGACGAAUCUCUUACUUACAGUUGUUUUUGUGAAUUGAUGAAAAGACUGACAUGUAAUUUUCCUCAUGGGGGAGCAAUGGAUACACACUUUGCUAACAUGAGAUCCUUGAUUCAGAUAUUAGAUGCAGAAUUAUUUGAGCACAUGCACCAUUAUGGUGAUUAUACACACUUCUAUUUUUGCUAUCGUUGGUUUUUAUUAGAUUUUAAACGUGAGCUAGUCUACGAUGAUGUAUUUUCGGUAUGGGAAACCAUAUGGGCAGCUAAGCAUGUUAGCUCAGCUAAUUUCGUUCUCUUCAUAGCUUUGGCUCUUGUUGAAUACUAUCGUGAUAUUAUUCUUGAUAACAAGAUGGAUUUCACUGAUAUCAUAAAGUUUUUUAACGAAAUGGCUGAGAGACAUAAUGCCAGUAAAGUAUUAAGUAUUUCACGGGAUUUGGUUUUACGUCUUCAAACUCUUAUUGACAAUAAGUAA